CGUGCCAUGGGGUGUAGAGGAGGAUGUUGGUCCUUUGUAAAUGACGUGUCACCUGACUCAGACCAGUGGGAGGAGAGAAAUGUAAUAAAUAAAUAAAUAAAUCAACAAGGGGAUACGAAUCUAUUUAAACACCAUCUUCCUCUUCCUCCUCUGCUAGCAUCGCUCGGUGUAGACGCGGGGACAGGGGGGAAAAGGCGCGUCCGCUUUCUGCCGGGGACGAGUAGGCUACAGCAGAGCGGGCUAAUUCUGUGUAAUUCUGCACGGAAAACGGGUCCGAGCGAAGAUUAUUCCAUCAACCAGAGGAGAGGACGCCACCGACAGAUCUAGUACCAUCCAGAGAGAAUCGUCAUUUUAUCAAGUCUAAAGACAAGGCUCUCUUGCUGGCUGCAUAUUUCUUGUUAAAUUGUAUGCCUACUGGGGAAAUCAGCCUAAGAGCGCAAACUGACAUCAUUUUAAAACGGGAAAUACGGUUGGAUACGUAAAGAAGGCUGAUUAUUUAUUGAAAGGAUAUUAAUAUUACCACCGAAGAAAAACGUCGGCCUCUCGCGUGUGGCAUAGAUCAAUUUACACUUAGCCUAUAUUUGUUAGGCUAUAUGAGUUGAGCAAAUAGGUGUUUAUGCUAGACGAGGUCGUUACAUAAGGACCGGCUCAAAAGUGCUAGAAUAAACGCCGUAAAACUGGCACAUAGCGAGAGAACGACACAGCCUUGCGUAUGAAUAGGCUAUCCAUGUUAGAGAAUACGCAUCAGCGUUACAUUUCCAUUUAAUCUUGAAAUAUCCACCAUUUUAAUCAGUCGUGACUGUUUGUGAUCUCAAAUAUUUAUAUUUAUAAGGCCAUAUCCUUAGAUGAUAUUUGGGAGGACAUUCUGGAAUCAGGGCGAUACACAAGCUAUUUAUUUUAGGGCUCAAUUGCCGUUUAAUUGUUGAGGGUGACGCCACAGAGAGAAGAUGUCGGGACAAACGCUGACGGAUCGCAUCGCUGCUGCUCAAUACAGCCUCACGGGAUCGGAGGUGGCUCGUGCUGUCUGUAAAGCCACUACGCACGAGGUGAUGGGGCCCAAGAAGAAACACCUGGAAUACCUCAUCCAGGCGACCAAUGAAACCAAUGUGAACAUCCCGCAGAUGGCUGACACACUGUUUGAGAGGGCAACCAAUGCCAGCUGGGUGGUGGUGUUCAAGGCCCUGGUCACCACACAUCACAUGAUGGUCCAUGGAAAUGAGAGGUUCAUCCAAUAUCUGGCCUCCAGGAACACACUCUUCAACCUCAGCAAUUUCUUGGACAAGACAGGCUCCCAUGGCUACGACAUGUCAACCUUCAUCAGACGCUACAGUCGCUACCUGAACGAGAAGGCAUUUGCGUAUCGACAGAUGGCCUUCGACUUCGCUCGGGUGAAGAAGGGUGCUGACGGGGUGAUGAGGACGAUGAGCACAGAGAAGCUCUUGAAGGGCAUGCCAACUCUCCAGGGCCAGAUCGACGCUUUGCUGGAGUUUGAUGUUCAUCCUAAUGAACUUAUAAAUGGAGUGAUCAAUGCAGCGUUUCUCCUGCUUUUCAAGGACCUCAUUAAGUUGUUUGCCUGCUAUAACGAUGGGAUUAUUAAUUUACUAGAGAAAUUUUUUGAAAUGAAGAAAGGACAGUGCAGGGAUGCACUUGAGAUCUACAAGAGAUUCCUAACACGAAUGACCAGGGUGUCCGAAUUCCUAAAAAUAGCCGAGCAAAUAGGGAUUGACAAGAAUGAUAUUCCUGAACUUACUCAGGCCCCUGAGAGUCUCCUGGAAUCCUUGGAGACACACCUGAACACACUUGAGGGGAAAAAAGGUGAAGGGUCACCGACCAAGGGGUCUCCUUCAAAUAAUGGCACACCAUCCAGCACUCCAGCCAAGACCUCCGACUCCACCUCUCCCCCUGCCGAAUCUGCUCCCCUGUCUGCCGGGGCUGCUUCCAAUGCUCUGUCAAAUGACCUGUUGGAUCUUGACCUCCUGUCAUCUGCCCCCCAGCCAGCAGGGGCAGCAGCUGCAGCUGCCCCACCCACAUCCUCCUGGGGAGAUCUCCUCGGGGAAGAUUCCCUGACUGCUCCUGCAGCGCCCGCUAGCACCUGCGAGGCCCUUCUGUCAGAACCAGCCCUCACUGCAGACUCCGCCCCCGCUCCAGCCGCUGCCACAGCCAGCGCUGCUCCCGCUGCCACGGCAACUGCUGCUCCGCCGGCUGCUGAGGCCACGCCUGCUUCUGCAGUUUCCGCCACCCCCACCCCCGCUCCUGCACCAGCAGCCUUGCCUGUCCCCUCCGCGGCCUCAGCCCCCUCAGACGUGGAUCUCUUCGGAGAUGCAUUUGCAGCUUCUCCAGGCGACGGCCCAGCUACCGGUGAGGAUGGGACACCAGCUGCCGCGCCCACACCUGCUGCUGAUGCAUGUGGUGGUAGUGACCCCUUUGCCCCAUCCGAAGGCAGUGCAGAUGUUGCCCAAGAGCUGGACCUCUUUGCGAUGAAGCCCGCAGAGACCAGUGCCACCGUAGUAACCCCCACCUCCAGCGCCCCGCCAACCAUCGCCCCCCCAGCAGCAGCCCCCGCCACUCCUGCACCUCCCUCCGCCAGCUCGGCUGCCGCCGCUCCAUCACUAGAUAUCUUUGGCGAUUUAUUUGAUUCAAUGCCUGAGCAAAGCUCCUCCACAGCAUCCAAAGCAGACGCUACCCAUAGCGUAGACCUGUUUGGGGCAGAUCUCCCUGCGACCUCACGAGGGUCUUCUCCUUUACCUGAAGCCAAUGUGACUGCUGAUCUCCUUUCUGAUGCGUUCUCCGCACCAGUGGCCCCGCCUGCACCCGCAUCUCCUGUUAAAACAGAUGCCGGAGGUGUGCUGGACCUGUUUGGGGACACAUUCGGCAGUCCUGUAGAGUCCCAGCCUGCCGCACCUGGUGUGCCUGCCGCUGACCUGCUGGGAGGGUUGAUGACCCCCAGCCCAGCUCUCGCUCCAGCCGCCACCCCGACCCCGGCCCCGGUGCCAGCGCAGAAUAACCUCCUGGAGUCUGGGCUCGAUGCGGCCUUCUGCUCGCCCCCAGCUCCGGCCUCGGCCCCCGCAGCCCCGUCCACUGGCUUCGAUGCCUCAGUGUUUGAUGGAUUAGGGGACCUACUCAUGCCUGCCGUGGCCCCCCAGGGACCUCCGGUAGUCCCCAUGGCUGGGGGCGGGGUUGCAGGGGCUCCACCUACAAAGGCAAUAGGAGGCGACCUGGACUCAUCUCUAGCAAGCCUGGUUGGAAAUCUGGGCAUGGGAAAUCAGAAGAAGGACUUGCAGUGGAAUGAGAAGAAGCUGACAGGAGGGGCCAGCUGGCAACCGCAGGUCGCCCCCACCAGCUGGGGUGCACCCGGCUCACAGAUGCCUGGCUCCUCCCCUGUGGCUCCAGGGGCCACACCCCCAGCUGGGGCCAUGCCCCCUCCCAUGGGGGCACAGCCAGGAUUCGGCAUGCCCCCAGUGGGUGGAACUGGAGCUCCCAUGAUGCCUCAGAUGUUCCCCCAGCCAAUGAUGAGACCACAGUUCCCAGGAGCACCAGGAGCGCCGCUUUCCCCAGGACCUGGCGCUGCUCUCCAGAGCCCUAAAAAGCCUCCCACCAAGGACCCCCUGGCAGAUCUCAACAUCAAGGACUUCUUAUAAACCCCCAGUUGCUCUGGACCACACCCCGACCCCCCAGCCAAUAACAGCACCCCUGGAAGCAUCUGCAUGGUGUCCUGCUUAACCUCCAAGGACACCAGGAGAUCCCAGCAAGAUAAUGGAACCUACAUCCCCACCUUCACCCCUGCCCAACCCUUACCUGCUCCACUUGGUCUUACCUAAUAGCACAGUGUGCAGCCCUGAAGAGUCUGCUUAUCUCUAUGUUCUCCUUUCCCGAAAACUAAACUGAAAAGUGACAAAAAAAAAAAAAAACUCAAAUGGAAAAAAAUGGUGUACUUUGAUCCUCCCUUUUUCAUUGUGGGCAUUUGAGUCGAAUGAUGGGUGUGUGUGUGUGUGUGUUGAUGCCUUUUUUGCGCUUUAGCUCCGCCCCCUUUCAGGGUGACGGGCGGGUGGCCGUCCUGUAGUGACUGGUGUUUGUGUCGUUUGUGGCGGAAGGUUUUUGAUGUACAUAAAUCUCACAAAAUCCCAGGAUUUCCUCUCUACUCUGUAUGUCUGCUCCAGAAAUUGAUGUGAAUCUGAUAUCAAACUAUAAGUCAUGUGA